AUGGUUUAUCUGAGGAACAAAAUUAUGCGUGGCUGCGAUGAUUUGCCUGACUAUAUUCCCACCGCUGAUGUUUUCGGAACAAGCCCUGAUCAACUCCCUUUCAUCUGGAAUUUUGGUUGCGAUUCUUCAAUUGCAUAUAGGUGCGAGUAUAGCACUGGAGAGAAAUGGUUUUGUUAUACCGUAGAGCCAAAUGACAAUGUGUUCACUGGAGAUGGUUAUUGGACGACUACAUCUGAAGAAGCUAUCUACAUUGAUGGUCAAGUAGAUGGCUACAAGAAAGAAUUCAUCUAUUAUUGUGGAAUGGAACGUCCUGGGGAAAGUACCAAUUGGUACAUACACCAAUUCAGGCUAAAUCCAGACGUGUAUAUAGUAAAUGAUGUUGGCAAUAAUGUUGAAUAUAAGAUAUCUAUUGUUGUAGCCUACAUGGAAUUCCGUAAGGAAACUGUUGUCCAAUCGAAUCUCUGA